GCUGCGACGCCGCGGGACUCCCGGCCGCCCUCCCGCCGAGGCCCCGCAGGUCGCGCGCGGAGGCGGGUACCGACCGCUCCGUCCUGCACGCAGCGCCGCCGCCCACUGGGGAGUUCUGGUAUGAUGGGCGAGCCACCACACCCAGCUAACAUCAGGUCCCCUUUAGGAUUUGAUCUGGUGAAGAGAGCCCCUAUGGACCAGCCUCCUAAACAAACUGCCAAGGCUAAGAAGAAGGAAGAGCCUGUGGAGGAAGGGCCCAGCUCCAGAAAGAGGAGCAACAACCUCAUACCCCUGUCCUGGGGCUUCAAGACCAGAGAGGUCCGGGUGGCCCAUGUCCCCACCCACAUCCAGGUGAAGAAGAUGGAGAACAUCCUGAUCCUGGUGGGCUUCUCCAUCGGUCUCGGCAGCAUGUGGCGCUUCCCCUACCUGUGCCACAAGAACGGAGGAGGCAGCUUUUUGCUGGUCUACGUCAUCCUGCUGCUGCUGCUUGGGAUCCCUCUCCUGUACAUGGAGAUGAUCAUAGGACAGUGGCUUCGCAUGGACCACAUCCGGGCCUGGAAGAAGCUGGUGCCCUGGCUAAGCGGUUUGGGCUACUCCAGCAUACUGGCCAGUUUCUUGGUGAGCUUGUACAACAGUGUCCUGAUCUCCUGGAACCUCUUGUACCUUGGCCAGUCCUUUGGCAACCGUCUGCCCUGGGAACAGUGCCCCCUGGUGGAAAACAUCAGUGUGACAGAUGGCCCCUGCUUUCGGGCAGUGCCCCACCAGUAUUUCUGGUACCACAACACCCUGCAAGCCUCCAAGCAAGUUGAGGACGGGAUUGAAAUGCUGGUGCUGAGCAUCACCCUGUGCCUCAUUGCCACCUGGGUCAGCCUCUGUGUCCUCAUGGUCAUUAGGAUAAAGAUUUCAGUGCUAGUGCUGAUUUUCUCCCCCUGCGUCUUCCUCGUCUGCUUCUUCAUCCGCAGUCUCUUCCUGCAAGGUGCUAUGGCUAGCCUCAAGCGCCUGGUGACCACAGAGCUCUCUUUCCUGUCCUCGCUGGACACGUGGCGUCAGGCUGGAGGCCAUGUGCUCUACACCCUUGGCCUCGGCAUGGGCGCCAUCAUCACGUUCUCUUCCUACCAGACCAGAGGUGACAACUACCUCAAGUUGGCCUCCAUUGUGGCCGGGGCCAACCUGGUGACUUCACUGCUGAGCACGGCCGUCAUCUUCCUGGUGCUGGGCUUCUGGAAGACCAGCAGCGGGUCCAGAUGUGUUGAGAAGAAUGUCUCCAAUCUGGUCAAGCUGAUAACAAAAGGUCUGCUGCCCCAGGCUGCAGGGCCUCCCCAGGACAUCAUCCACAAACAUCCCCUGGCUUACCUGCGCUGGUUCAGCCAGCUCCUCAGGAACACCCAGGAGGAUGUGCUCCGUUUCUCCCUGCCCUGCAGCAUCAUGUUGCAGAAGGAAAAGUUCAUGAAGGGCCCUGGCCUGGCAUAUGUGGCCUUCUCUCAAGCCGUCUCAUUGUUUCCUGGUUACUCUUUCUGGGCCAUCAUCUUUUUCUUGACUCUGGUCAUCAUGGGUCUGGGCACCAUGAUCAUGCUCCUGGAGGGCAUCGUGCUUCCCCUGCAGAACAACAUCCCUACUUUGAAAACGAAUCCGAAGCUGGUUCCAGUGAUCGUCUGCUUGGGAGGACUUCUGGGCAGCCUUGUCUUCACCAGCCACUCCGGCAGCUACUUGGUGUUCCUGUUGGAUGACCACCUGGUCCCUAUGGUCCUCGUCGUCAUUGUGGUGUUCCAGAACGUCUCUCUGGCUUGGGUCUAUGGAAUCAGGAGGUUCAGGGCUGAGAUGUUCGGCCUGCUGUGCUGCCUGGUGUGGACACCGUUUACCUUCCUGUGGCGCUACGUGACGCCGCCCACACUGCUGGCCCUGCUCACCGUCUACCUCCUGAAUUUCUACCACAGCAAGUCCCUCUACUACAUCUCCUGGAACGACAGUGUGAGCCGGGAAGUGAAGCAGCCUUACCAGAAGAUAGCCCUGGGCUGGGUCACCUUCCUCAGUGUCCUGGCACUGCUGCCCAUCCCCGCAUACCCGCUGCAGCACUGGUGGAACCUGGACAACCAAGUCAUCUGCGAGCCCGUAAAAAAGCCCUCGCUGUCCUCCAGAAAGACAGACACGGGGCCCAGCAAGGCCAAUCAGUGUCCUGUGCACCCCCUGAGAAGACUCACCCUCAGGGGCCAGGACAAAGGCCAGGUUCUCCUCCCCGGCAAGGGUCCCACAGAGGGCCUCCUCUUUCAUCACCCAGCCAUGCUGACAAAAAAGGACAGUGAGAACUACACCUUCGACCUUCACGGUGGCCCCAUGGCCCUCCCCUAUUCCUGAGGCUCUGAAGGCCACCACACUCCCAGCAGGAGACCCCGGCUGCCACAGCACUGGGCACAAGUGACAGGCAUGGGGCUUCUGACGUGGUCACGUCGCCUGUUGGGUAACUGGUGAAGUGCACCCCGCCAGUACCUGCCCCACCGGCAGCAGAAGACUUCUGCGAGAGCCCUCACUGGGCCUGGGAUGGACAUGGCCAACACAGAAGCCUGUCUUCCAGCAGCCAGGCCUGUGCCGGGGCAGGCCCGGGGUCCCCGACUCUGUGACACGGACACAGUUUUGGUAUGCCCAGGUGGGUACCCAGCACGGCCCCGGCUCCCGAGAGACACAGUGCUCCCUCUGACCCCGCAACACCAUCCUGCCUGACCUCCCAGGAUGAUGCCAAAAUGGUGUCAAGACAGCAGCGUUGUCUGUCAAUAAAUGAGGUACACAUA